AGAGCCGUAUUUUUUUCAUCGAGAGGUAAAUGUCGCGGAAUAAUGUCGCUCGCACGGCGACGGCCCUCCUGCUGGGACUGGCGGUCGCUUCCGUCCGCGUCGAAGGCCAAUAUGGCGACAUGGACUUCGAAGGCAUGAUGGACGGCUAUGAUGAUUACUUCGGGGACAUGAUGGGCAUGGGCGACAUGAUGCCGGGGAUGGGAGGGAUGUUUGGGGGCAUGGGGGGCGGGAUGGGUUACGGGGGAUACGGGUACGGGGACCCGGAGCCCUCGCACACGGAUCUCGCUGACAUGGCUGAAGUGGAGAAGUUCAUGACCGCCGACCCGCUAACGCCGUGCGUGAUCGGGUUCUACGACGAAGACACGGAUGGUGCUGACGUCAUGAACUACAGGACCGCAGCGCAGAGAAUGUCGCAGACUGGAGUCCGGUUCGGUCUCGCGACGGAGGAGGACAUCCUGGAGGGGCUCAAGUACAAGUCCGGCCGCGUGAUGGCCUACCCCGCGAAGCGCUUCCUGGAGGACGGCGACCGGCCAAAGCAGCGGUACCCGGGCAGCGGCGCUCUCGACCCAGAGUCGCUCCAAAUCUGGGUAGUGAAGGUCGUGACUCCCCUUGUCGGCCUCUUCACGUGGGAAAAUGGUGGGCUGUACCAGGAGGUCGGCUUGCCGGAGCUGACGGCGUACACGAAGGUUGACUUGGAGGAGGACGGCGAGCACUUCGACGCUGUCGCGGCCACACUCCGCAAGGUGGCAUCGGCGAGCCUCCCGGAGAAGAAGUUGUCGUACGUCAUUGCCAAUAAGGAAGACGUGGCCUCUUUGGCCUCAAGGUUUCAGUUCCCUGAACCCGAGGGCGAGGAGGCUCCUCAGGCCGUUGCCGUCGGCAUCCGCUCGGAGAACAAGUUCUACCGCAUGGACGGGAAGUUCGACGAGAAGACGGUGGCCGAGUUUGUCGAUGCGUACCUCAAGGGCUCGCUCAAGCCGACGCACGUAGAAGCGCUGGAGGAGGGCAUGGAGUCUGCCGGGGCUGGCGAUGAAAUAGACGACGAAGAUAGCGACGUCGUGGUGUUGACGCCGGACAACUUCGACGAGGUAGUGAGGGCAGAAGGGACAGACGUGAUGCUCGAGUUCUACGCCCCGUGGUGCGGGCACUGCAAGUCGCUCAAGCCUGUGUACAACGAGGUAGCAGACGAGGUGUCAGACAUGCCGUCGGUGGUGGUGGCCAAGAUGGAUGCCGACGCGCACACGCCUCCCGCGGAGUUCGAGGUCCAGUCUUUCCCUACCCUGUUGUUCUUGAAGGCCGGAGACAAGGCCAACCCCAUCCCGUACGACGGCCCGAGGGACAAGGAGGCCAUGGUGGCCUUCAUCCGGGAAAACGCCACACCCCCCGCCGCGUCCGCCGGAUCCACCGAGUUGUGACUCGACUCGUAGGCGUGUGGUUAACGACCGACAGCGUUCUUCUGUGGCGAUUCGUAGAGGGGUGGUUGACGAGCGACAGCGUUGCUUCUGUGGGAGGAUAACGUGUGAAAGGAUACCCUCCAGUGUCCUGCAGCGCUAUGCGACUCACGUCUUUCAGCCUCUCCGAAAGAGCCAAUUUCACUUGGCCUCAGGUCGUUACACCGGCCGUCAUGCGUACGGCCUUGUUGACGUGGGAUGGUAGGGGGGAGGGGUGGUACGGGCUACACCGCAUCGUGCCAAGUGUUGAGGUGUGUCCUACUGAUGCACUGAGCUUUUGUGUUUCGUGGGCGGUUUGUCUUUCGAUCGGGGGAGUAAAAUGACUUACACCUCUCCUGGGAUGCUUGGGAUGCGUUUGCCGUGCGAGAGUCGUGAGCGAAUAGCGCUUUCGUGCCUACCCCAUAGCAACGAACUAAAGUUUGACGUCAUGUAUACAGUAGCGCUUUUCGGUUGUAUUUUGUAUCCGUACGCCAACGUAAGCUGGAAGCAAUUAGUUCUAGCGCGGUCGCCACCGAAGAGAUCCCUUCCCCUUCCAUGAACAUGGAUAGUCCUGGUGUCCUGGUGUCAUGUCAGAGUGUGAAGCCCUGUUUCCCAUCGUUCUCAACCUUUCGUAAAUGCACCUUUGCCAAUACGUUUUGCCUG